CUAGCCGAGUGCACGAGGUGAACCGAGCGCAAAAGAGAGGUGGCAACGUUCGUUACAGCAACCCCAUUACACAGAAAUAUCGAAGAAUACAAAACCGAUACAAAAUAUCUAUCAAUUAUUGUUACAUAAAUGAUUUAAUACAGAUCAACAUAAAUAUGAUAUUACCCAUUUUAUAAUAGUAGGCAAAUGAAAUCUUGACUUCUGUUGAUUCAUAAUUUUAAAGGUAUGGAGCGCUAUAAUUUCCUACAAUAUGUUCAGUUGUUAUAUUUUUAUUUCUACAUUCUUCCUCCCUUACCCUUAAUUGCUGAUUUGGUAACCAAAAUGGCAUUCAAUAAUUCUGGCCCCAUUUCAUUUUUGCUUAUUUAUGUUGUAUCAGUUAAAAAUUCCUUUCCAUUUCAGAAUUUGAGUGGGGUAGAGUGAACGCUCAGACUUCGUGACAUUACCCAGUUACCCUACAGACCUAGAUUUGAGGCAGAAUUACUCUACACAUAGAAAAUCCUGUCAAAAAUCAAGGCACAGAGAUGAUUUCACAAUUGUUUGCGGGGAAAGUUGGUCUUGUCACUGGUGGUGGAAGUGGUAUUGGUAGAGCUGUAUGUCGUAUAUUAGCGCGAGAUGGGGCUAGAGUUGUUGCUGCAGACAUGAACUUGAACGGAGCACAAGAAACAGUUGAUAUGUUGAUGAAUCCCAGCAAUCAUCUAGCGGUGAACAUGAAUGUUUCGGACAAAUCCUCCGUUUCAUCCUGUUUCAAAACAGCAAUGGAGGAGUUGGAAGCCCCUCCAAGUCUCCUUGUUAAUGCUGCUGGAAUUACUAAAGACAAUUUCCUCCUAAAUUUAGAGGAACAAGCAUUUAUGGACGUCUUAGAUGUCAAUGUCAAGGGGCCAUUUUUGCUUACUCAAGCAAUGGCAUCAACUCUCCUUGAAAAAGAAAUGAAUGGUGGAGCUAUUUGUAAUGUUCAAAGCAUUGUAGCAAAGUCAGGAAAUAUGGGACAAGCUAGUUAUUCAGCAAGUAAAGCAGCUCUUCAUGCUUUAACAAAAACCUCUGCAAAAGAAUUGGCAAGGCAGGGAAUCAGAGUAAACUGUGUUCUUCCUGGAUUCAUUAACACCCCAAUGAUUGCUACAGUUCCUGAUAAAGUUAAAAAUAUGGUAUUACAGUUCACAACUCUAAGAAGGCUAGGAGAGCCAGAAGAAAUAGCGGAAGUGGUGGCCUUUUUGCUGUCAGACAAAAGUAGCUACAUAACAGGUUCCUGCAUUGAAGUGACAGGAGGCUUCAACAUGUGAAUCAAAGUGGUAACCAUUAAUGUACAAAUUAAUUUUGAUCUAUUUUUAUAUGAGAGUUUAUAUUCUGGAUUAUUCUAGACACUUAUAUGGAACGGUCUAUACUUUUUAACAUAUAUUGAACACGAGUGAGUAGUUUUAUGUAUAUUGAACCAGAGUAAGACUAUUUUAUGUGGAAAAUGUUUACAUUAGCAUUUUAGUAAUUAAGCCAAUGUAAAUUGCAAAAACUAUUUCUAUAAAUAAUGAUGCUGUGAUAUUUAAUAUGAAUAUAAAAUACUUUUAUACAGAUGCAGAAUGUAAUGUGCUGGUUACCAUCUGUUUAGACAUCAUCUGAUUAAUUGCACACAUCCAUGGCCCAACCAGGUUAAGGCCCCACCAAGUUAAAAAUCGAGUUCUGAAAUCCCUAUUAGAGCGUGGGAGGUUUAUUCAAACUACCAAACUGGAUACCUACCAAUUACAUACACCACUUGUAAAUUUUAUUGUCAUUAAUUCUCAUACGUAGAAGUUUUUAUGUCAUUAAUUCUCAUAGAAGUUUUAAUGUCAUUAAUUGUCAUGUAUAAUUACUGCAUUAUACUCUAUAGUUAAUAGAGUAUAAUUUAUGCUUUGAUGUACAAGGAAUAGCAACUUACUUCAAGUAUUAUGCACAUCUUGAAUAUUAUGUAAUUAUUUCCCCAUACAGCAAAAACAAAUGCUAGUGGUGGCAGAAACAAGAGUCAAAGAAGUUGAAUAUAUUUGGCGUGAAACCAUACGGGUAUUAAUCAAUGCAAUGGUGGCAAUUUAGGCAUGUUUCCCCCGCCCCCCACUAAAUAAAUAAAAAGUUAAGCAUUUGAAAGUAACAAAUG